CUGGGACAGAGCUGCUUCUGGCCAGCUAGAUAGUGGAAGUCGAAGCCAUGGCACUGAAAUCGCCGCGGGAGCGGGCAUAUAUCCGGGCUUUGAAGCGGCAGUUCAUCCCUUUCGAGGAAGGGGAGGAGGAAGAGCCAGCGCCCUACACGGUGGAUCCUGCGGCCGACUCCUUGGCCUGCGGCUGGAUGCUGGAUUUCUUCUGUCUUAACCUCUGCCAGGCCUUCUGCGAAGACGAUAUCGAAGAGUUCAAGCGCAACCGCAAUAUUGCGGAGGCCAUUAUUCAUGGAUUAUCCAGACUAACAGCACAUCAUUUAAGAACAAUAUAUGUGUGCCAGUUUUUAACAAGAAUCGUAGAAGGAAAAACACUGGAUGCACAAUUUGAAAGUGAUGCACGACUUACUCCUUUGGAAUCAGCCUUGAUAAUCUGGAAUAAAAUUAGAAAAGAAAAAGAAACACUUCAUGAUCAAAUACAUGAUUUACUGGAAAUUCAGGCUGUAGCAGUUUGCAUGGAGAAAGCAAGCUAUAAAGAAGCAGAAGGAGUCUUUGAAAGAAUAUUUGGAGACACAGAGGAUGAUAAGCCCCUAAAAAUGAAGUUGUUGAUGGUAAUCAAUAAGAAAGAUCCAUACCAUCCGUUUUUUCAACGCUUCACAUAUAAGUGCAUGAUAGACAGAAUUAAGAUUUAUGCUAAUCAAAUAUUAACUGAAAAAUCAUCAAGUUUUUUAAUGAAGGCAGCUUUAAAAGUAGUGGAAAGCAAAAAAGAUGAAGAAAUUUUUGGUCCCUUUGUUGAAAGCACAAGCAGUGAAACAGAAAGUGACAAACAGAAUGGAAAACCAGAAUCUUCUGCAGGUUCAACAUCCAUAACCAGGUCUCAUGAAAAUAUCUUAUCUUUGUCACAAAGUAAACUUGAGAACUCUCCUUACCAAGAUUUUGAUGAAACAAGAAUAAAAAUGAGUCAAGGAAGUAAAAGGAUCAUGCAAAGUCUUAAAAUCAGUAGCAAAAGCAUUAAAAAACAUUUAAUAACCACUAAAGACAAAAACAAGGCAAACAAUGAAACAAACACUUCUGAAAGACCUAAACGAUGGAGAACAAAGAGGAUCUGCAAGGCAUGGAGUUGGGAUGAAGACCAGAAACUGAAAUCAGGGGUAAGAAAAUAUGGAGAAGGAAAUUGGCAGAGAAUUCUCUCAAGUUACACAUUCUUCAAUCGGACAAAUGUUAUGUUAAAGGACCGGUGGAGGACUUUGAAGAAGUUAGAACUAGUUUCUUCAAACAAUGGGUACUGAAUGUGUUUCUAAAAGGUGGGUUAAAUGAGGAAAAGCAUCUAGAUCAAUUGGUUUGUUUAAAACACUAACAGUUGAUGUUGUAUUUUGAAAUUUUUUAAUGUUUUCGUGUGAUAGUAUAUUUUUCUGUAGAAGAAAGUUGUUGGAUAGACUUUUUAGUACUGUGUCUUUUUUAACCAUGCCACAUAUUUACUAUCAUUCUGCUCAGUUUAAUAUGAAAAAAGUCUGGGAAAAAAAAAACCUGCCAAACAAUUUUAAUAUUUGAAGUCAUUGAACAAUAAUGACCUGCUAAGAUACAGUUGCUUGGCUUUAUGGCAUCAGUAUGUCACUUAUUCUCAAAGCUUCAUUGAUAAAAUAAUAAAUAUACAGUGUUACUUGUAUGAAUUGUAUGUUUUCAUAUAAGGAGGAAGGUAGAAGGGUAAAAAUUGUACACCUAAAAUAACAAUGGCAAAUAAAUUUUCUUUUGUGAUAGAUUGUUUUGACUUUGUUCCAAUAGACUUUUAACUUCAACAUUAAGCUUACCGUUUGUAGUAUUACAUAUGAAAAUUACAUCAUAAAUAUCAAGUUCUGUGAUUUUGUUAAGACAGUAUCUGUAAAGUGUAAGCGUUGUACUAGAAACACUUGAACUCUGAUAGAUCAAAUUAGCGAUUUUAAUGUCACAUAAAAACUAGAAUAAGUCUUAGAUUCAUUACUGCUUGUUUUGUUCACCUCAAGCAUUUUGUUCUUAAAUCUUGGUCAAGGAAUAUAUAGGAUCAUAUAAUUGUCUGCAUGAAUGCACCGAAUUGACUGGACUAGCUAGAAUGUUUUUCUUUGUUAAAUUAUUAAACCAGGAAAAUGUCAAAUUUAUUUAUAAUAACUCUAGAAUUGCCUUGCAAGUAUUAGAGAUCGAAGUUUGUAGACUAAAAAUAAGAAAAUAUUAGAAUAUUUAUGUCUGUAUUUGUGUCUUCCAUUUUCUAUUUAGAAAUUUAGUCUUGACCUUUUUGCUGUUGAAAUUGUGUUAUUAAAUAAAAAGACUCAAAUCCUCA